AUGGGGUGGUUUGGAAACCAAGAUUUGUCUGCCAAGUUUGGCAUUGUACUUGGUGGUUCGAUUUUCGUUGUACUCGUUGCUGGCCUGUUAAAAGUAUGGUACAAUAAAAGAAGGCUUGCGAAAAAUAUAAAAAUUGAGGAAAUUGAGAAGGCAAACAGCACCCAGGAGAGACUUAACAUAGAGGACCUCGGUGAAGGCGAUCUCUUUGGCAUUCGAGCAAUCGAAAGAGGCUUCUUUGGGGGUGUCUCACAGUCGAGAAGCAAUUCUCCGGCCCAGUCGAUGUUCGGGCCACCUUCAACAACUGUUACAGACUUGUUAGAGCCUCCCAGAAAUGUCGAGUCUGUUAGAGAUUCGUCAACAGCUAGCAGUAGCAGUAGUCUAUCGAGACGUUCAGUGGAAAUUUCCGCCCCCAAAUCUAUCAAGCAUAAGCCUAAACCUCUCCGUAUCCAACCUUCUGAUGCGGAGAUCAGACGCUCUGCAAUGCCUAAUGCCGGGGGCUCAUAUAUACCACCAUCACCAAUGAAGGAGGCUCAGUCACAAUCAAACCUACUUGACGUUAAUUUCAGCAGACCUUCGGUUUUGGAGUCUCCUCCCAUUAGAUCUUAUUCGGAUGAGGAGUUAUCCCAAUUACGAUACCAGGGCGAUGUCCCACGCAAUUACAUGUUUCUAGCAGGUCAACAUUCGACCGUUAGAUCCCAAGCAGGUUCAAUAUACGGCAGUGCCGAAUCAUCACCAAAUAACCCAGCCAACGUUCUGAAAAUUCCCACACCUCCAGCUCCAACCCACGUAUUUGGUUUUUCCCCUCGACAUUCCCAUCGAUCACGAUCACGCUCUACCACUCCAGAAGGACUCUUCAAUAAUCGUUCUUCUUCUCGAUCCCCCGAAUUACCAGUCCCAUCCAUCCCAUCCCCAUACAAAACCUCAUAUCAACCUACCACCUUCCUCGAAGAACCAGACACCAAAUCCAAACGUCGCUCUUACCAACCCACCCACCCCUCCGAACCUCACUCCGAAUCAGAACUCCACACCCAUCAUCGCGAACCCAGUCUCGCCACCUCAACCCUCACAACCCGAACCUCGAUCUUAGACGAACCAUUCACAUACACAUCCACAACCACAACCCGUCCCCGCGGCCGUACAUCCCACCAACACACGCGCUCCAAUUCCUCCACCACCCACACCACCCAACACACCCACGGCCAAAUAUCACGCACCCACGACUCUCUCCGCAUCUCGCGCAAAUCGACUCCCGGGAAAGUUCAAGUUCAAGUUCAAGGGCAGGUUCAGGGGCAAGGGCAAGGGCGCGAAAAUCGCCACUCCAGAGAUCGAGAUCAGCUACACUAUGAUCCCACAUCUGGGCCUUCGGCCCGCACGAGAUCGGGUGGUGUGAAGGGCCGCGCAGUCGAUUUUGAUCGGCCUAGGAAAAGUCCGUUUAGUAAUUCGAAUGCGAUUUCUGGACAGGGAAUGGGACAGGGGAGCGUGAAGAGUCAUGCGAGUAAAGAGAGUUUCUCGAGUGCGAGUACGAGUAGUGCGGAGUCGAGUUGGAGUGAGGGUGAGGUGGGUGACGUGGAAGAGAUGGGGUGGAGGAGAGGGGGUGGGGGCGGGGGUGCGAGAGCGGUUGUGGGGGUGGAAGAAACGAUAGUGGAGGUUUUGACGCCGAUGACGAGUCGGGGGCAGAGGUUUGAUGCUAGUGAUUUGGUUUGA